AUGGGGACAUCUUUACCUCAAAUCAAUCACUUCCUGGUCACCUUCCUCAUCUUUGUAGUUACUGGGUUGUGCAUUUGUAGUGGAAGCAACAGUACUGGGAUUUGCAAGGAAGAGGAGAAACAGGCGCUAUUGUGCUUCAAGGAGGAGUCAAAAAUUCUAAGGAAUUGGGUUGAUAGAGCUGAUUGUUGCACUGAAUGGGAAGGAGUUGUGUGUGAUAAUGUAACCGGUCAUGUCACUGAACUCCAUCUAUUAACUAACGAUAAUCUUCUAAGAGGUAAACUUAGUUCUUGUUUGCUUGAAGUGAAACAAUUACGUUACCUCGAUCUUAGUGGUCUCAAUUUCAGUGAGUCUCACAUCCCGAAUUUCAUAGGAUCUUUCGUAAAUUUGCAAUAUAUUGAUCUAUCUUCCACAAGAUUUGAAGGAAUCAUCCCCCAUCAACUUGGAAACCUUUCACAUUUGCAUACUUUACGUUUGGGAGCGGAUAAUGCUCUCAAAGCUGACAACCUUGAUUGGUUAUCCAAUCUCUCAAAUUUAAAAGUAUUGGACUUAUCUUAUGUUAAUCUUAGUAUGGUACAUAAUUGGGCAGAGGUGAUUAAUAUGCUUCCUUCCUUGCGUGAGCUUUAUUUAAAUGAUUGUGAUAUUUCAAAAUCAUCACAUCCACUUGGCCAUAACAAAUCGUCACUUCAAGUCCUUGAACUUGCAUAUAAUAAAUUCAACAGUGUCAUUUUUAGAUGGAUAUUCAACCUUGAUAGCCUUAGAACUCUUGACAUCUCUGCAAAUCAAUUCCAUGGCCAUCUUCCCAAUAGUCUUUUGAAUUUGACAUCCCUUAGAACUCUUCAGAUCUUUGAAAAUCAAUUCCAUGGCCAUCUUCCCAAUAGUCUUUGGAACUUGACUUCUUUUUCAGACCUUGAUCUCUCUGAAAAUAUGUUCACGGGGGAGAUACCAAAGCCGAUUGGAAAACUCAACAAGCUACAAAGCGUUUAUCUUUAUAACAACAAGUUAUAUGGACCACUUCCAGAGAAUUUAGGAUAUUCAUUUCCAAUGUUAGAAAAUCUUAACAUUAUGGGUAACAUGUUAGAAGGCAUAGUGACGGAAAAUCAUUUUGUUAAUCUCGCUAUGUUGAGGUAUUUACAAGCAUCUGGAAAUAGAUUAACGUUGAAUGUUAGUCUGAAUUGGAUACCUCCGUUCCAACUUUUUGUGCUUUAUCUAAGUGGUUGGAAGUUGGGUCCUCAAUUUCCUACUUGGUUACAAUAUCAACAUACAAUUGUCGAGUUGGACAUAUCUAAUGCUGGAAUACAGAGUGAGGUUCCAAAUCUUUCCAAUAACAACCUCUCUGGUGUGAUUCCUUGGUGUCUUAAAAAUCUCACUGCAAUGAUCAAUGAAGAGGCGAUUCAAGAUGGAGAAUUUGAAAUGGGUUAUUCAUCUUAUGAUGGGGCAUAUGGUGAAAGUGCUAUAGUGACGACCAAAUGGCUAGAGUAUGAGUAUUACACAAUCAUUCUAUUGUUGUUUGUUGGCAUGGAUCUUUCAAGUAACAAUUUUUCUGGGGACAUUCCUAUUGAAUUGGCCAAUCUUGUGAGAUUAAGAUCCUUAAACUUAUCAAGAAACAACUUGACAGGAAAUAUCCCCAUGGAAAUGGGAAACAUGAGAUUCUUAGAAUCUCUUGAUCUUUCAAGAAAUCAACUUUCAGGAAAAAUUCCCCCUAGCUUCUCAAGUUUGAACACUCUAGAAGUUUUGGACGAGUCAUAUAACAAUCUAUCUGGGAAGAUACCUUCAGGUACUCAACUUCAAGGUUUUAAUGCUUCAUGCUACAUUGGUAACAACCUGUGUGGCCCUCCGCUCUUACAAAGCUGUAGUGUUGAUGAUGGCAAAAUUCCAAAAAAUGAAAAUAAAGGAGAUGAUAGUUCUGAAGUAGUGGAUUGGUUUUAUGUUAGCAUGGCUAUAGGAUUUGCAGUGAGCUUUUGGGCGUUCUGUGGUUCUUUGCUUCUUGUGAGACCUUGGAGGAUUGUUUAUUUUCAAUUUUUAGAUGACAAGUUGAAGUCUUUUUUAGUAUGGGCACAUGCUCUGAGGGUAUAA